AUGUUUAAAAAUUUAGUUAAAUUAUCAAAUAAUUACAUUGCUAAAAGAUGUUUCACUACAUCAACUACCACCACCACCACCACCACUUUUAGCAAUGGUGUUUUAGCAUUCCCAACAACUUCAAAUAAAAUUUAUAAAUUCAAUUUAGAUGGUACUUUAAAAACUAAAGAAAAUGAUCACAGCUCAUUUUCAUUAAAAGAAUUCCAACCAUUUUUCAAUUUAUCAUUAAACGAAAAUAAAUUAGAAUCAGAAUCUAUUGUUGCCGAACAACCAAAAGAACAACAAGACAUGUCAAGUAUUCUCAUUAAAAGAAGAAAGAAAAUGAGUAAACAUAAACAUAGAAAAUUAAGAAAGAGAACAAGAGCCUUAAAGAAAAGACUUGGCAAGAUUUAA